GCAAAUCGCUGCCAAAUGCCUGGAGAUAUCACCCCCAUGCAGCCCCCUCUCAGCCGCGUGCUACUUUGGCACAACAUUUCUCGACGAAAAGACAUAGGCUGCGUGGACUGAAGCACAACUUCUCUUCUGACAAGAUGAAGCGGCGCGUCGGCAUGCCUGCCGGCGAGGAAACCGACACUGACGACGACUGGGACGUGGGAUAUCAGAGGAGAGACGGCAAGGGUUCACAUGUUUCCGUACCGGGGAGUGAGGAAGACCCAGCAGUGAUCCUUAAAAAGGCCGUCAGCACUGGAGAUGCCGAGCUUGUCGGCCACCUGCUGGACAGCGGUGUGGCUGUGGAGACUCGUCUUGGCUUGGACUGGACGCUACUCAUGGGCGCUGUCUGUGGGGGCCAUUACAAGCUGGCCAAGCUUCUGCUCGACCGGGGGGCUGGUGCAAACUUUAGCAGCGAUCGGUGCACUGUACUGAUGGCUGCCUGUACUGCGUCUGCCUCAGAAGACCAGAUUGUCCAGUGUGUGGAACUACUUCUGUCCAGGAACGCCGAUCCCAACGUGCCCAAUAAGUCUGGGAUGACGGCUCUCAUGAUGGCAGCCAGAGAUGGCUAUUGUCAACUGAUUAAUCUUCUGGUUUCUCAUGGAGCGAAGAUCAACCUCCAAGAUUGUAACGGAUACACGGCUCUUGCAACAGCAGCUCAGUAUGGUCAAGAAAAUGUUGUGAGGAAGCUUCUGCAGCUCGGGGCUGACAAGAGCAUCAAGACGAGGGAGGGGAGGAGAGCAUUGGAUGUUGCCAGGAUACAGAGACACACUCAGAUUUCUAGGCUCCUAAUGUGCUCCGGAGACGACAGUGGAGAUGUGGAAAUGUCAUGCAAGGAAAAAACACUCUCCAACUUCUUCAGACAAAAUCCUGAGCCAUUCAGUGCUCCUGCAGUGAGUUCGGCCAGACUCUCUGAUGUUGGAGUGCUUCUGCAUGGACUCGAUUUGGAGCGCCUUGCGAACUUGCUGGAUAAUGACAUAACCUGGACCGAUCUUUCAACAAUGGAGAAGGCAGACUUGGAAAAAGUAGGCAUCACAAACCCAGAAGAUCAGAAGAAGAUCUUGGACGCAGUGUCGACAAUGAACCUGGACUCCAUAGCACCAGAUGCUCUUUCACAACUGGGGAACAUCGACAGCCGAAGUGAAGAUCUGUACACCCUGCUGGUCAGCCUUAGACAGCAAUGUUGCUGCCUCACUGAGGUGGUUCAGGACGCCUUAAAGAAGUUUCCCAAACAGCCCUCUGAGCUCAUCCUGACCUUGGACCCCAAGCGGGAGUCACAGACUGUCUGCAGCCAGCUGCUCCUGCAGAUCGAGGACCUACAGAAGGAGGUGACGUGUAUGAGGGGCCUGUUUGACAGGAUGGACCCCAGCGAGGACCCCUGUGGGCUGCCCUGGGCUGCCCGACGCGGCAGCUGGAAGAGGAGGGUCCUGAUGAGCUGUGCUGUGGGUGUCCUCUGCAGCGGCCUGAUCUGUGUGCUUUCACACGUUCGAAGCCCCAAGGUCCUGUAAACACCUCAUGUACAGACAGAGUAAUAAUAGAUUUUUACAACCUUUAUGUCCAGGGUUUUUGAGUUGUUUGAUUAUUGUUCUGUUGUAUGUUUUGUUCUGAACAUUAUUUUUUAAUAAACG